AUGGCUGCGAAACUUGUUAAUUUUUUCGUUACUGGUACCAGGAAGAAUUUUUUAAAGCAGUAUUUAAUCCCUCCCGUUCGAAACUACAGCCAGAGACAGACGGAAAAUAGUGGAUGGAAACAACGACAGCAUCGUGCCAAGACCACUUUGUAUUAUGUUAGCGCUGCCGGUGUUUUGGCAGUGGGCAUGAGUUAUGCUGCUGUACCUUUGUACCGCAUUUUUUGUCAGGCUUACAGUUACGGAGGAACCACAGGAACUGUGACUGACGAGAAAUCUAUAGAAAAAUUACAGAAGAAAGAUAGGAUCAUUAAAGUGCGAUUCAAUGCAGACAUCGGUGCGAGUAUGCAGUGGAAUUUUAAACCUCAACAAACAGAAAUUAACGUAGUUCCUGGUGAAACAGCAUUAGCAUUUUACACUGCGGAAAACCCUACAGAUCGCCCUGUAAUUGGCAUUAGCACUUAUAACGUUGUGCCCUUUGAAGCAGGACAAUAUUUCAAUAAAAUUCAAUGCUUCUGUUUUGAAGAACAAAUGUUGAAUCCACAUGAACAAGUUGAUAUGCCUGUUUUCUUCUACAUUGAUCCAGAAUUUACUGAAGAUCCAAAAAUGGAGCUUGUUGAUACACUUACUUUAUCUUACACUUUCUUUGAAGCAAGACAAGGUCUUAAGUUACCAGUUCCUACAUUUGCAAAGCAUUGA